GAUGCGCCCCUGCGCCGGGCUCGCCGGGCCUCCCUCUCCUUCCGCACCGCCCGCCGGGUUUCCGCUUCCCUCCGGGCGGGAGGUCCGAGGGCGCCAGACCGAGCCUCGUCCCUGCAGCCGCCGCCGCCGCCAUGUGGCCCCCGGACCCGGAGCCCGAGCCGGAGCCCGAGCCCGCGGGCCGCUCGGCGCCGGGCGGGGGGGUCUCGGGGCUGCGCGCCCUGCUGCCCGCGCGCGCCUUCCUCUGCUCCCCCAAAGGCCGCCUCCUGCUGGCCGAGUCGGGCCUCUCCUUCAUCACCUUUGUCUGCUACGUGGCGUCCUCAGCGUCCGCCUUCCUCACCGCGCCCCUCCUGGAGUUCCUGCUGGCCCUCUUCUUCCUCUUUGCCGAUGCCAUGCAGCUGAAUGACAAGUGGCAGGGCUUGUGCUGGCCCAUGAUGGACUUCCUGCGCUGUGUCACAGCGGCCCUCAUCUACUUUGCCAUCUCCAUCACAGCUGUCGCCAAAUACUCGGAUGGAGCUUCCAAGGCAGCCGGGGUGUUUGGCUUCUUUGCCACCAUCGUGUUUGCCAUUGACUUCUACCUGAUCUUCAAUGACGUGGCCAAAUUCCUCAAGCAAGGGGGCUCUGCGGACGAGACCACAGCCAACAAGGAGGAAGAAGAGGAUUCCGACUCUGACUCCGACUGAAGUGCUGCCCUGCCCCGGCAGCCGAGCCGCGUGGGCCUUCCCUCCUGCUCUCCUGACCGGCUGGCCGGAGCGAGGCCCGGGGGCCGGGAGUGCCGGGGGGGGGCAGGCUGUCACUUCCCCAGAGGAGCAGGCCUCCUCACGGCCCGAGGUGACGUUCUGCGCCCGGCACGCGGGACGGCGCCCCUCGGCUUAGCCUGUGUAACCGCUCUGCCCGGGAGGGCAUCGGGAAUACUCCGCCACUCCCCGUUUCUGUCCCACACACCUUAAGCCCUCUGACCUCUCUGCCAAAAACAAGCACAACGGGAGCCAUGUGACCUGUCACGGGAUGUUCAUGCCGGCAGGGGGCAGGGGGGCGUGCAUAGAGGUAACAGCACAACAGAAGUAAGACAGAAGCCACCAGGGGCCAACCGCCAGCCCCCCAGCCCCAGUGACCUUGGCUAUGCCUGGCACUCUGUCGAGAAUGAUCCUUCCAAGAUUCUUUGGUUCAAGGAGCACCACCUCCUUCGUCCCUUAGGCAGGGAGGAAGCCGGCCUUUGCCCUUAACUGCCUCCGCACGCCCCUGGACACCGUGUCUUCUUCAGGGCACAGGGCCAUUCUGGGUCUAAGACCAUUUCAAAGGAAAGCUCGUAAAGUAGCUUCCCAGGUCCGAAGAUCGGGCGCCACGUGGAGGGACAGCGUCCCGGGUCGGCCAGAGCAGGUCUCCCGACCGCCUCCCAAGAGGUGAAACGUGCCUUCUGUGUCCUCCCAAGGACCUGUGCUGUGUAUGUAUCUUCAGUGGGGUUUUGUGACUUUAUAUAAUUUUUUUUUUUAUACAAAAGCAGCUUCUUAAAUAGCAUUUCCUGUGACCAAGAGGCCCUGCGAAAUGAGCCAGAGUUCUGGACCCAUUUGGGAGCACCUGUAACUUUUGUCCUUCUCUUGCAUGUGAAUCUCCUCCCCUG